AUGACUGUGAUUUAUGCUAGCACAAAUAGAGACACCAGAAUUGCAUUAUGGGAGGAUUUAUAUGAUAUUUCUACUCAUAUAAAUCUUCCUUGGCUAGUAGGAGGAGACUUCAAGGUCAUUAUUGAGGCUGCGGAGAAAUGUGGAGGGCUUCCAGUUCAGUUUACAGAGACUGGAGAUUUUAGGCACUGUAUUGAUUCUUGUCAAUUAAUGGAUCUUGGAUUUACUGGGAGGAAUCAAGCACUGCAAAAUAUAUAUCCAAAGCUUGAAGUGGAGCACCUUAUCAAACAACGAUCAAAUCAUAGUCCAUUGUUGAUAAGUUUGAAACAUGACAGUAGACCAAUUCAAAAGGAUUUCAGGUUUUUGAAUUUUUGGGUGGAGCAUGCUAAUUUUCAGGAAGUGGUUAAAAAUAACAGGGGCUCAAACUACAGCUCAGACCCCUUCUAUAACUUUCAUCAGAAGUUAAAGAAGGUGAGCAAGGCCCUCUCCAUUUGGAGCAAGGAAAACUGUGGUGAUAUUUUCAAACAAAUUGCUACUUUAGAGAAGGUGAAAAGUUUUAGAAAUAGAAGGAAGGGAUGCAGUUGUUUAAAGAUGGAGACAGAAAUUCCAAAUUUUUUCAUGCUCGUGUUAAUGGGAAAAGGAGGAGAUUACAACUUAAAAGAAUUUAGGAUAGUGGUGGAGCAUGGCUGGAAACAGAGGAAGCUAUAG